AAUUGGUCGCUGUGCUCCGCCCAGGUGACAGCGUGCUCGGACGGCUCCCGACGCUCGCGUGGCGUGUAGUGUGAGAGGUGGUCCGGGCGCCGCAUCGUCGGUUGGUGGUCAGUCUGUGAAUUCACUGCCCACAUCACUGCCCAGUCGGACGGUCUGCCUGCGGUGUGCGGGGCGACGGGGGAGGGACGUGAGAGCUUGACGUGGACGUCAUCCAGUGACUACUCCAGCCAGUGAGUUUGUGACUCGUGAUCAGAGAUUCUGCUCGUGCUCUGCUGAGCCGAGCUGCGCCGCUGUGCGCCCCAGAGCUUCGUGAGCUCGCCGAGUCGAAUCACCGUGGCUCCGACACAGCUGUGCGCCAUGACGGUAAAGGACCUGCUGAUGGCCUUCCCUCCAGUGCUGGCCGGAUCCAGCCUGGACCUGGCUCUUCAUGAGGCGGUCAAGGGUCAGCCGAGCCCGGCAGAGAGUCCCGCCGGCUCUCCGCGUGGGUCGACGAUGAUUCCGGAGGUGCCGCCGCCCACCACCACCCUCCCGGUGGCUGCCCCGGCAGAUUUUGAUGGAACCACCGUUCUCUGCCAGGUGUGCGGGGACAAGGCAUCCGGAUUCCACUACGGAGUCCAUUCCUGCGAAGGAUGCAAGGGCUUUUUCCGCCGUUCCAUCCAGCAGAAGAUCCAGUACAAGCCAUGCACCAAGAACCAAAACUGCUCCAUCCUGAGGAUCAACCGUAACCGGUGCCAGUACUGCCGGCUCAAGAAAUGUAUCGCCGUCGGCAUGAGCCGCGACGCCGUCCGUUUCGGGCGCGUACCCAAGCGGGAGAAGGCCAAGAUUUUGGCGGCCAUGCAGUCGGUGAACCAGAAGUACCAGGAGCGCGCCUUCCUCUCUGAGCUGGAGGACGACAGCAAGCUUAUCCGCAUGAUCGUGCAGGCGCACAUGGACGCCUGCGACUUCACCUGGGACAAGGUGGCGAGCACGCUGCAGACGGCUCGCAGCGCACCCAACUACUGCCAUACCACCAACGGAUAUGCGUGUCCGCUGAGCCCACGAGUGGUCGGCAGCGACGGUCGUCUGCGCGACUCUCAGCUCUUCGGACCGCACAUCAAGGCGGUGGUGGACUUUGCCAAGCAGCUGCCCGGCUUCCUGCGUCUGCCUGAGGAAGACCGCGUCACCCUGCUCAAGUCGAGCGUGUUCGAGGUGCUGCUCGUCUGGCUCGCCUGCAUGUUCGACAGCAAGACAAACACGGCUGUCUGCCUGAACGGUCAGCUGGUGCGGCGAGACGCGUUCGCCGCCGGCUCGCAGCCCAAGUUCCUGCUCGACUCCAUGUUCAACUUUGCUGACCAGCUGAACGCCCUGCGGCUGAGUGACGCCGAGAUCGGUCUGUUCUGCGCCUGCGUGGUGCUAACCACCGAGCGGCCCGGCCUGCGUAACGUGGAUCUGAUCGCGCGCAUCCACCACAAGGUGGACGCCGCACUGCGCACGGUGCUGGCGCGCAACCACCCGCAGACGCCCGACCUGUACGACCAGCUGGCGCGCAAGGUGCACGACCUGAAGACGCUCAACACGCUCCACUCGGACAUGAUCCGCUCGCUCAAGGAGCCCGAGGAUCGCCGGCCGUCGGGCGGCUGCCCGUGGCCCGGCACAGAGCUGGUGCGGGACGCCAACCACUCGCCGCACAGUCUCAGCUCUGGGUACGUCGGCAGUGAGGAGGGCAGCGUCCAGUCGCCGGUGGCCGGUCGGCUGGAGUCGUCACCGUCCCCGGACGGCCCUCCGAGCGGCGUGCCGUCAGUGGCCUCCCACCCACACCUGGUGGCCGCCCUCCAGCCGCGGCCGCAGCCCAUCAAACGCAAGGCCGAGAGCCCGGCGGCGCGCGAGGUGAGCCCGUGCCCAUCUGCCAGCGGCCUGGCCAGCCCGUGCUCCUCACCGCGCAGUCUGUUCGACGAGCGACCGGAGCCAUUCAUCAAGGCCGAGUCAGACGACUACAUGCCACUACUGAAGCAGGCGCUCUCCAAGCCGAGCCUGGUGGCGGCCGACGGCAGCGGCCGCGCCCUCCUCGAGACUGCGUUCGUGCCGCACAAGAAGUUCCGCUGGAUGAGGCGCGAGAACGAGCAGGAGCCGACCGAGUCCUCGGACGAGGUGGAUGACGAGAAGGCGUCGCGCACGCCGACUCUGAGCCGCAUCCUGGGCGCCCCGCCGCAGCGCGGCUGGACCACGGAACAGCUGCGCCAGAGAGAGGCCGUCCAACACCUGCUCAACAUGCACGCCGGCAUCGGCGGCGCGCCGCCGGCCGCCUGCCCGUACAGCGCCGCGUCGCGCACGGCGCCGCCGCCACCUCCCGUGUCGCACGCGCCGCAUGUGCCCGUGACGCCGGCGCCGAUGCCGCCGCACCACGCGCGCGCUGCGCCCGGCUCGGUGAGCAUGGUGCCUCCGCGUCUGUCUCCGGCGCACAGCCCGGCGCCCAUCCGCAGCCCGGCGCCGGCCCACAGCCCCGCGCCAGCCCACAGCCCGGCGCCGUCCGAGCCGCGCCGGAGCCCUGCCCCGGCGGCCAGCCCGGCCGGCUCCGCGCCCGAUCUCAGUGAAAUGCAGCCACUCAACCUGUCCAAGAAGGUGCCGGCCGCCCUGGCCGCCGUCUAGGUGCCGGCCGCCCUGGCCGCCGUCUAGGCGCCGGCGCCGCGCGCAACCCCCAACUCGAGUCACUUUCAUUUUUGUUGUUUUGAACUGUUGGUCACAGAGCCAGUCGGCGAGUACAAAUAUGGCACACACACGGCGGACGGAGGAGCGAAAUUCUUGUCGUAUAUAUUUAUUUUGGCGGCCGUGAGCUGUGCGAUCGUGGACCAUUGUGGCGGCCGGCGGGCGCCGGGGCCGGGCGCGGGGCGCGGGGCACAGGGAACGUCAGACCGGGCCGGCGGUCGGCCGGACCGGAGCGCUGUGCUGUGAUGGCGCGGUUGGGCGCCGACGUUUUGUACAGGCGGGCAGGCGGCUACGGCCGCAGGGCAUUCAUUCUGGGCCCGUCGGUGGACACCUCAGUCCCCGACGGGCUGGCGAGAGCAGACCCGCAGCGUGUGUGUGUGCGUGUGUGUGCGUGUCGUCCUCUUGGUGCAUUCACAGUCGUAGGUGUUACGUUUGCCUGUGCGCACUGUAUACAUAUAUCGCUUUAUGGUUUUGUUGCCUGGUUGGCCUCCGUUCGGCAGUGGACUGAAGUCCAAAUGCCGAUCGGUAGGCGCUCCGGCCUACAGCGGUGGCCGGAUUGUGAAUAUGCCGGACUAGAUCUCCUCCCUAGAGAGAGCAGUGGCGUCUCGCGGCGUCCCACUCACCCGGUAUCAUUGUGCUCGUGUAUCAUCAUAAAUACAGGAAAACUAUGUACAAACAAA